AUGGAAGGACCCAGGCCUGUUGUUCUGAGCGGCCCCUCGGGGGCAGGAAAGAGCACUCUUAUGAAGAUGCUGCUGAGGGACUACGAGGGAGUCUUUGGCUUCAGCGUAUCACAUACAACAAGGAGCCCACGUCCAGGAGAGGUAGAUGGCAAAGAUUACCACUUCUCAAACAGGGAGGCUAUGCAGGAGGAUAUUGACGAUGGGACAUACAUUGAGAAUGCAGAGUUUUCAGGGAACCUGUAUGGAACAAGCAAGUCUUCUGUAGACGAAGUGCGGGCCAAUGGUCUCAUCUGCAUUCUGGAUGUGGACAUCCAGGGAGUGAGGAACAUCAAGCAGACUGACCUGGACCCUAUCUAUGUCUCUAUCCAGCCCCCCUCUAUAGAGAUCCUGGAAAAGCGUCUGAGGGACAGAAAUACGGAGACAGAGGAGAGUCUGCAGAAGCGUUUGGAGGCAGCACGGGUUGACAUGGAGCUCAGCAACGAGCCUGGAGUGUUUGACAUGCUUAUUGUCAAUGAUGACUUAGAGGAGGCUUAUGAGAAGUUGCAAAGUGUUCUUAUUGAGGUGAGAUUGAAGAGAGGAUAA